AUGGUGCAUUGGCCAGGUCGGUCAGUCGGUCAGUAUGGGAACUUGGACGUGGACGUGGACGUGGACGUGGACCUGGACGUGGACGUGGACGUCGAGGUAGACGUGGACGUGGACGUGGACGUGGACGUCGAGGUAGACGUGGACGUGGACGUGGACGUGGACGUGGACGUGGAGUGGACGUGGACGUGGAGUGGACGUCGAGGUGGACGCGGACGUGGACGUGGACGUGGACGUGGACGUGGACGCGGACGUGGACGCGGACGUGACGUGGACGCGGACGUGGACGUGGACGCGGACGCGGACGUGGACGUGGACGUGGACGUGGACGCGGACGUGGACGUGGACACGGACGACACGUGGACGCUGACGCGGACGUGGACGGACGCGGACGUGGACGUGGACGAACGCGGACGCGGACGCGGACGUGGACGCGGACGCGGACGCGGACGCGGACGUGGACGCGGACGCGGACGUGGACGUGGACGUGGACGUGGACGUGGACAUGGACAUGGACGUCGACAUGGACGUGGACAUGGACGUGGACAUGUACGUGGACGUCGACGUGGACGUGGACAUGGACACAUGGUCGUGGAUGUGGACGUGGACGUGGAUGUGGACGUGGACAUGGACUUAGACGUGGACGUGGACGUGGACGUAGACGUGGACGUGGACGUGGACGUGGACGUAGACAUGGACGUGGACGUGGACGUGGACAUGGACGUGGACGUGGACAUGGACGUGGACGUGGACGUGGACGUGGACAUGGACGUGGACGUGGACGUGGACGUGGACAUGGACGUGGACGUGGACGUAGACAAGGACGUGGACUUGGACAUGGACGUGGACGCUCGUGGACCAGGCAAGCUCCUUGACCAGGAUAGCUCCUGGACUAGGCAAGCUCCUGGACCAGGCACACUCCUGGACCAUGCAAGCUCCUAG